AUGCCGGCCCUGGAGGGCAAAGAGGGGAGCAGGGCCUGGCCCUGGAGAGUAGCCAGCACCAUGCCUGAGAGAAGGCGUUCCUCACCGAAGGUGGGCCACACCCCACCCCAACUGCCCCCGCCGGGCCGGCAGGAGGCAACCACGGGAGCGCCCCCCAGACCGAUCGCGCGAGGGGUCUGCGGUAUAGGCAAGAAACGGCCCCUCGAGCACCCGCGGCCAGGGCCAGCGCAGGCUGCGCUCGUUACCAAUCUCGUUCUCUACAGCCCCUGGGCGCUCGCGCUCUCUCAGGCUCUGGAAGCGCACGGGUACGCGACAAACGGGGAGCAGGACCGGACCACACCGCGACCGCUCGACACACCUGGCACACACCACCCCACGGGGGCAGGGUGGCAAGCGCGCAGGCAUGCGCCCGCCAAGCCAAUUCCCCACCCACGUGGAGACGGCACGACACCGGCAGCCUCCCUCCAGCGAAGCGAGGCACCCACGGGUCUCCCCUUCUCUUACCGCCUCGACCCCCCCAAGACUCCCAAGGGGCACGUGCAGCAGCGACACCCGGGAGAGGGCGCUGGGGGGACAGGAGCAACACCACCACUCGGCUUCAGGCACCUGAGGCACAACCUGGACCACUCCAGGGGCACCGCACAGGCUCGCGCGGAGGCAGGGCGACGGCGAGCGAUGCCCCGCCACGUCACAGGACUCCGACCCCCCGCCAUCGCCACGAGGCAGAAGGCGGGAGUGCGGAGGUCGGGCCGGUUUCCGCAGCCCUGCCGCCCACACACCACCCACAGGUGGGGAAAGCAGAACGAGGGGCCUGCAGGCCAGGAGAAGCUCGGCAACCUUGGCCAUGAACGGCCGUCCCUCAUCUGGAGAGGCUUAAGUCCGGCCCAGGAGAGCGCCACAGCACCACAUCGAUCGUUCAGGCACAUUAGCAGGAAGCUGGAACUCAAGUGGAGCAGACAAGACUCAAACUGGCACUCCCAUAUGGAAAAAGGCACUUUCUCAUUCACAUACAAAUCCAACCCAAGAAGAAAGAUGGCACAGUGAGUGAAUGUAAGAGAU